ACUUCCCAUACAACAAUCAGUCAAAAUGGCCAACCAGUUCGUUUGCAGUCUAUUGCUGUUGAUCGCAGCCUCAAGUACACACUAUGGCUGGGAUAAUAUUUUAGUAGAUGUAUCCGAAACUAUCAUAGCCGCUGACGAUUGCGUUUCUGGCAAUUAUGGCUACGACGUUGAUGAAGUUUUUGCCUCAAAUGUAUGUGGCCUUGCUAAAAACAACAAAGCUUGCAACGCUAUCGGAGGAGUGCCAUUGGUUUCCAACAAUCAGUUGGUUGGUUUGCUUUCCUGGGGUAAUGCUUGUGCCAACGACGACAAUCCAGCGGUCUUCACCAACAUUUUCGCUGAGAAAUCAUGGAUUGAAAGCAAUGUAAACAAUUUGUGA